CCCACCACACACAAAGCUCUCUCCCCCUGCCUGGCAGUCUUGGGCUGUACCUACACACACAUUUCUGUCUCUCCCUGGACAUAGAUCUGUUGUCGGAAGGGAAGACACACAGAGCUAAGUGCUGGAGCAGCAAGACUGCAGGAUGAAAAGUUGGGGUCCUACUGAGGAUGUGAGGGGUGCCGCUCAUCUGACAGUACAGAAGAGAAAAUGGCACCCAGGAGUAUUACUGUUUAUUUCAGCUUUAUUGUGCUCUACAGUCACCUUGGUAACUGGAUGUAAUAAAGCCCUCUGUGCAAGUGAUGUCAGCAAAUGUCUUUUACAGGAACUCUGUCAGUGCCAAGCCAUAGAAGGAAACUGCUCCUGCUGUCCUGAGUGUAUGUUGUGCAUGGGGAACCUGUGGGAUCAGUGUUGUGACUGUGUUGGAUUAUGCAGCAAAAAUAAGGAAAGCAGGAAACAUUCAGCUCGGCGAAGCUCAUUGGAAGAGCUGCCUGUGCCUGUCCCCUCUUUAUUCCGAGCUGUGAGUUCCAUGCAAGAAGGAGAGUCAGCCCUUGGAUGGACAUCUCAUUCCCUUCCAAUUAGGGAGGAGCUGGCACAGAGCACUCACAUGGACCAUAUCUUGCUAGGAGCACAUUCAGUGUUGUACUUUAACUCUUGCAUGUCCAUGAGACGCUGCCAUCAGUCCUGUGAAUCUGUUGGAUCAACCAAGUAUCGUUGGUUUCACAAUGGCUGCUGUCAGUGUGUGGGACCAGACUGUCAUGGAUAUGGAAGCAAAGAACCUAUUUGUCGGCAAUGCCAGACCAAAGAGAUGAUGUCAGAAGGGAAAAGAGAGAGGGCUACAGUAUGAGAUGAACCUAGAAUCACCAUUGGAUGAAAGCCAAGAGGAACAAAUAUACUAUACUCAAUUGCCUAAAACAUACUUCAUGCAAAAUAAUGUGUGUAUCCUACAUACAUAGCACGGCAUAUACAAGGUGUCUGCCAUUUUUAUUAAAAAUUGUGUAGUCAAUACAGGCAAGCCUUCCUGCCGAAGCUCCAAAGCUUAUUGGACCAUGAAUGCUAGCCUGUACAACCAAAAUUUGCUACAUAGCACUGUUUAUUAUGUAGCUCUAGUAUCACACUGGCAUGCAGGCCUGGUUCAUUUGGUUGCUGGAUUCAUGGAGAAAUAAUAAAAAUUCCUAAAUCUGA